CUACAUUUUCAUUUUGAUCACCGCACGACGCAUGCAGAGCCUGCGCUGCUCCUUUCGGACGACUUCAGCGGCCACUGGACCGCUGAAGGGCCGGCCUACGCCGCAUCGAUUAGGGUGGUGCUACAGAAGGUGCCACCCGAUGCUACGUCUGUUUGCCAGUCUGCAGACGUAGCAUGGAAUCAUCCGUUCAAA